AGUAGUAGUAGUAGUAGUAGUAGUAGUAGUAGUAGUAGUAGUAGUAGUAGUAGUAGUAGUAGUAGUAGUAGUAGUAGUAGUAGUAGUAGUAGUAGUAGUAGUAGUAGUAGUAGUAGUAGUAGUAGUAGUAGUAGUAGUAGUAGUAGUAGUAGUAGUAGUAGUAGUAGUAGUAGUAGUAGUAGUAGUAGUAGUAGUAGUAGUAGUAGUAGUAGUAGUAGUAGUAGUAGUAGUAGUAGUAGUAGUAGUAGUAGUAGUAGUAGUAGUAGUAGUAGUAGUAGUAGUAGUAGUAGUAGUAGUAGUAGUAGUAGUAGUAGUAGUAGUAGUAGUAGUAGUAGUAGUAGUAGUAGUAGUAGUAGUAGUAGUAGUAGUAGUAGUAGUAGUAGUAGUAGUAGUAGUAGUAGUAGUAGUAGUAGUAGUAGUAGUAGUAGUAGUAGUAGUAGUAGUAGUAGUAGUAGUAGUAGUAGUAGUAGUAGUAGUAGUAGUAGUAGUAGUAGUAGUAGUAGUAGUAGUAGUAGUAGUAGUAGUAGUAGUAGUAGUAGUAGUAGUAGUAGUAGUAGUAGUAGUAGUAGUAGUAGUAGUAGUAGUAGUAGUAGUAGUAGUAGUAGUAGUAGUAGUAGUAGUAGUAGUAGUAGUAGUAGUAGUAGUAGUAGUAGUAGUAGUAGUAGUAGUAGUAGUAGUAGUAGUAGUAGUAGUAGUAGUAGUAGUAGUAGUAGUAGUAGUAGUAGUAGUAGUAGUAGUAGUAGUAGUAGUAGUAGUAGUAGUAGUAGUAGUAGUAGUAGUAGUAGUAGUAGUAGUAGUAGUAGUAGUAGUAGUAGUAGUAGUAGUAGUAGUAGUAGUAGUAGUAGUAGUAGUAGUAGUAGUAGUAGUAGUAGUAGUAGUAGUAGUAGUAGUAGUAGUAGUAGUAGUAGUAGUAGUAGUAGUAGUAGUAGUAGUAGUACAUUCAGUAGUAGUAGUAGUAGUAGUAGUAGUAGUAGUAGUAGUAGUAGUAGUAGUAGUAGUAGUAGUAGUAGUAGUAGUAGUAGUAGUAGUAGUAGUAGUAGUAGUAGUAGUAGUAGUAGUAGUAGUAGUAGUAGUAGUAGUAGUAGUAGUAGUAGUAGUAGUAGUAGUAGUAGUAGUAGUAGUAGUAGUAGUAGUAGUAGUAGUAGUAGUAGUAGUAGUAGUAGUAGUAGUAGUAGUAGUAGUAGUAGUAGUAGUAGUAGUAGUAGUAGUAGUAGUAGUAGUAGUAGUAGUAGUAGUAGUAGUAGUAGUAGUAGUAGUAGUAGUAGUAGUAGUAGUAGUAGUGAUCGGCCACACAGCCCCAUGCCACUACCGGAGCAGCCUGCACUCCGUGACAAACGAAUUGCCACGGCGUACGCCCCGAGCUCCCCGGCAUCCACGCAGACAGGUUACGGCCCAGCGGAGGAGGCAGAACCUGCACUCCGUGACAAACGAAUUGCCACGGCGUACGCCCCGAGCUCCCCGGCAUCCACGCAGACAGGUUACGGCCCAGCGGAGGAGGCAGAAGGCAAUCUUGGCACGAAGAUGAGCACUUCACCACGGUCCAACGUGAUGAUUUCUGGCCUGCCUCCGUACGUGUUCGCGAAUGGCGCUUCUCCUCUGACAGUCUGCGCAAAGAAUAGUGUCAGUUGUGACAAUUGCGUCCCGCUUUCAAAGGGGAGAUGCAGAAACACUAACUUUAGCAAGGCGCCGAGAAGUUGCGCCUCCGUUGCAGCGCCAGAUGGUACUCAGCCUGCACUAGCUGGUAGUGGACAAACAGCCUCUACGAGGACACAGGACCUCCAGUCAGCAUCAGCCUCUGCUUUGGCAUGCAGCCAAUCAUUGCCUUCUACUGCGGACGUUAAUCUUCUGGCAUUUCUCGAUUCAACGCAGUCGUUAACCACCGAUGCAUCGCAGCCUGAGGCCAGCUCACAGAAGAUGUCAAUGCAGGAGUUGCGGCAGGCGUCGCAGCAUCCAGACUCUCCGAUCCCAGCCGUGUCGCAGCGGCCAACGUCUACCACCCCGUCUACACCGCUGGCCAGUCAGCCCCAGCCACAGCAGCCGGCACGAGACAACUCCAGUACAGAAGCGGCGCACGAUUUGGGCCCUUUGCCGACUGCUCCUGAGGGUCAACCAGACAGCCUACAGGGGGCGUAUGAAGAGUGUGUGACUUGGAGGAGAAAUUUGUUUAUUGUUCCCUUCGGAGCGGCCGGGAAGCAAUUUGUUGAGGAAAUUGCACGACUGGUUCGCAGUUUUCCGACGCGGCGCCCAACCGUGAACGAGCCUGGACAUCAAUAG